AUGAGUUUGCUGUGGAGCUGGGACAACCUUCUGUCAACAUGGAAACAGGUUGAUAAAAGUGUGGAUACAGCGGCGAUUGGAGACCUGAUUGAGUUCCUCCAACCCUGGUCUGGACUGUCUCUCUGGGCCGUCUAUGUGGGAGAGGGACACGUCAUGCACUUUGGGGUCGGAGAUGAGAACACAACACAAAAAGCCUGUCGCAGUCUAAUCAAGAUACUGAUCCCCAAGUCAAAAUCUGGGAGUAUACUGAAGAAGACAAGGAUUUGUACACAGAAGAUAUCUGAGAUCAGAGUUCCUCCAGGCACUACCAUUCGAGUCAAUAACAACAAGCACAACCUGGCCCCCUCCACUCUGGACGAAAUCCUGUACCGCUGCCACACAUUUCACCAUCAGGAGUUCAACUACGACAUGGUCAAGUUCAACAGUGAGCACUUUGCUACAUUCGUCCGCUAUGGCCAAGCUGUGGGAAACCAGAUUUCCUUGAAGCCAAACAGCAAGGCCAACGCGGACACGACUCAGACCCUGCAAAUGAUAAUCCAACAACGCGCUGAAGCAGGGCUAUAA